CGUUAUUUCCUGAUAAUAAAAUAUUACCUGAUAUUAACGAAUUACGGAUAGUUUUUAUAUAUUGUACAUACAUAUUGUGUAGUAAGAUAUCACAAAUGUUUGAUCAGUUUCCACAAUGAGUACUCUGAGUCAUUUAUAGUCUUUGAUUCAAAGAAGUUGGUUCUUUAUUCCGAAAAGUUUUUAAGUAAAAAACAAUAAACGAUUAUGCUUUUCCUCAUAUGGACAGGCGUACUCAUAGGUGUUAUUUACAUUUAUCUUCGACGAGCCCAUUCAAGAUUCACACCGUACGAUGUUAAGCAAUUACCACCUUUGCCAUUCAUUGGAAAUGUAUUACCUCUGAUCCUGCGCAAGAUUCACUUUGUAGAGGAUUUGUCACGUUAUUACGAUAGCUUUCCUGAAGAACGGUUCAUUGGUAAAUACGAAUUCACAAAUCCCGUCAUAAUUGUGCGUGAUUUGGAACUUAUUAAAAAGAUAACCAUUAAAGAUUUCGAGUAUUUUCUCGAUCAUCGAGCGUUUACAGAUGAGAAGGUGGAGCCCAUAUUUGCAAGGAACCUUUUUUCAUUGCGAGGCGAUGAAUGGAAAGACAUGAGAUCAACUUUGAGUCCAGCUUUUACCAGCUCUAAGAUUCGAGUGAUGGUGCCUUUUAUGGAGGAGGUAGGAAACCAGAUGAUGGCCGCCUUGAAGAAGCAAAUCAAAGCGAACGGAGGUCAACCAGUAGAAAUAGACUGCAGGGACCUGACUCGCCGUUACGCGAAUGACGUCAUAGCUACAUGUGCUUUUGGCCUCAAAGUGGAUUCUCACGCAGAUGGUGACACAAAAUUUUUUGAAAUGGGAAGAAAUGCUGCUGAGUUCAAAAUGCGACAGAUGAUUAUGUUUUUUGCAUAUAGCGCGUUUCCCACCUUUGUUAAGUGGAUGAAAAUGACGCUAUUUUCUAAAGAAACAACUUCAUUCUUCAGAAGUUUAGUAAUCGAUACAAUGAGAAACAGGGAAGCUCACAAUAUACUACGACCUGACAUGAUACACCUACUGAUGGAAGCCAAGAAAGGGCAUUUAAAUCACGACGAAACCUCUAAGGAACGUGAUGCAGGCUUUGCAACUGUUGAGGAAUCUGCUGUAGGAAAGAAACAUAUCAAUCGAACCUGGUCAGACAAUGAUCUGAUUGCCCAAGCUGUUCUGUUCUUUAUCGCUGGCUUCGAAACUGUUUCAUCCGCAAUGUCAUUCGCUAUACGAGAGUUGGCGUUGCACAAAGAUAUACAAGAUCGCUUGGCUAAGGAUAUAAGGGAAGAUUUUAAUAAAAAUAAUGGCAAGAUAGAUUACACGUCAAUUCAGAACCUACCUUACUUGGAUAAUGUUAUUUCAGAGGUGCUCAGAUUAUGGACUCCCGGCUUUCAACUGGACAGAAUCUGUACAAAACCAUAUAACUUGGGAAAACCGAACAAAAAUUCUCAAAAGGAUUACAUUCUCCAAAAGGGAGAUCAAUUAAUUAUACCAGUGUGGUGUAUCCACCGGAACCCGAAGUACUUCCCUGAUCCAGAGAAAUUUGAUCCAGAGCGAUUCGCUGAUGACAAGAAGGAUCUCAUUAAACCUAUGACCUAUAUGCCAUUUGGUAUCGGUCCUAGAAAUUGUAUCGGUUCCCGUUUUGCGCUGUUGGAGCUGAAGAUGUUAAUAUAUCAAAUCCUGCUGCACAUGGAAGUUCUACCUUCGGAGAGAACUGUUUUGGAGACAGUUUUUUCAAAGAAUACAUUUAACCUCAACCUUGAGGGUGGCUUUUUGUUGAACUUUAAUAUUCGAGGAUCAACGGCAUAAACUUAUUUUUAAGAGCAAUAAAUGAAAAUCGUUCUAAAACA